UUGGGUGUGGUUAAUAGGGCAGGGCUAAUUUUUUAGCAAGCAAAGCAAAUUCUUUUUCUCAUCUUGAUGGCCUCGGUCACAGCUACCAGAAACCUUGAUAUCACGCAUCUUCGUUUAGUCUUGUCAAAGUUGCAGCAUUUUUCCAAAGCAAGAUGGAAAGACUUUGGUCUCAACUGUGGCCUUUACUACAACACUGUGACAGCAAUAGAAGCUAGCAAUGCUGGUAAACCUGAUUCUGUUGAUGAAUGUUUCAGAGAGUGUGUUGCUCGCUGGUUGAAGAGAGAGGAUGAUGUUGAUGAAGUAGGAGAACCAACUUUAAAGAGAUUGGCUAACAUAGUGGAAGAGACUGGGGAUAAAUCUACAGCAAAGAAAAUCAGGAGUCAAUUCAAGGAACACAAUUGCAAAGCUGAUCAAACUACAAAGCCUGAACACAGUUCAUUAUUGCCAUUGAUCGUAAUACUGGUAAUAAUAGUAUUAGCAAUAAUAAUGCAUGAAUCAUCAAUAAUUGAUAUUCACGAUGAAUAUGCUUCAAAAUUACGUGACAAGUAUAAUGAAGCUCUGACUAGGUACAAAGAUCCAGAUGUUAAUAAAUUCCCAGCUGCUGGCCCAUCAGUUCAGGGUUAUGUUCCUUUUAUACCUCUGAUAUCAAUCAUAGUGAAAGAAUAUAGGAAAGAAGAUGCAGAUUUUUUACUUACCAGUAGUACUAAUGAAGUAAUACAGGAGGACAAUAUUUUUGAAAAAAUUGAAAUCGAAAAUAUUUUAAAGCCACAAACAGAUAAGCCAUUAAAAUUUGUAAUAAUUGCAGGAGAACCUGGCAUAGGAAAGAGCACAUUAGCUAAAGAACUAACAUUGAGAUGGGUUAGAAAAACAGAUGAAUUAUUAAACAGUUAUAAAAUUAUUAUUCUCAUUCCAUUGCGCUUCGAAACUAAUCAAAAAGCUAAAAACAUUAAAGACCUUCUCAUUGAUGUUGAUGAUAUUAAUGAGACUGAAGUAAUGUUAUCAAUCAAUAAAACAAAAGGAGCAGAUAUUCUUUGGAUAUUAGAUGGUUUUGAUGAGCUUCCACAUCAUUUGAGAACCAAUUCAACUUCAAUAUUUAUUAAACUUAUAAAAGGAGACAUUCUUCCCAAGUCAACAGUCAUAGUUACAAGUAGACAUGCUGCUACUGAUCCUUUGCUUACUUUCUUAGAAGAUGACUCAAAACAUAUUGCUCUUAGAGGCUUUGGUUCAAACGAAAUCUUAGAAUAUGCUUCCAAAUAUUUUAAAAAUGAAACAGUAACUUCUGAAUUUCAAUAUUUUUACAGUCGUAAUACUGUGAUUGAGAAUAUGCUGUAUAAUCCAAUGAACUGCUUCAUAAUGUGCAAAAUAUUCACUCGAUUUUAUACAUACUAAAAAUAAUAAGUACCCAAUAACAAUGACAGGGAUUUAUAAUCAUUAUGUUCGUGUAAUACUCAAGCGGCACCUCAUUGAUGCUGAAGUAAUUGAUAUAAACUAUGAAAUGCCUUCACAUUUAAUACACAAAAUUGACUUCACAAAUUCUGAAUUAAAAUACAUUUGGGAAGAUUUCUAUAAUCUUUCUAGAAUGGCUUACUUUAGUGUAAUGAAGCAAGAAUAUACUUUUGGAAAGCAGCUUCAUAAUGUUUCAAAAUUGAGUAUGAUGGACACUAUCAGUAGCUUUUCUGGGUUUGAUAAAGAUGAGUCCAGCAGUUUCAUACACACUACACUACAAGAUUAUUUUGCAGCAAUUUAUCUUGUAAACAAUCCACACUUAAUGUUUAAUGAAACUGACAUGAAAAAAAACUCAAAUCUUGAGAAUGUUCUUAUUUUUUAUGCUGGAUUACUGAAGUAUAUUGACAGAGAAAUAGGCAAACUGAAUAUGUUGAGAACCGAUGUUUUCCGUUCAAAUAAUAUAAUUCAUGUAGGAAUAAGUAGUUUAAUGCUCAGAUGUCUAUAUGAAAAUAAUUUACUUUUACACAAUAAAAACUAUAAUUUAGUCUCUGGUCAUACAUGGAGUGUUGCCAAUGUGCCUAUCAGUAAUUAUGAUUACUUUAUUGCUGGCUAUAUUGUCGCUGCUCAUGAUAUUACUCUCAGAAUUAAUGUGUCACAUUUAACUGAAUUAGAAGCAUUCAAAAAGGGACUUCAAUUCCAGCAAGCUUCUGUCAAUGGAAAAAUUAAUAUUAGGUUGCCUUACCCUUUAAUUUUUUCUACAGAUCCUGUGGCUAAAGUAGACCUACCAAGUAAUGCAGUAAUAGGACUGAAUUUAAUGCUUAAGCUAAAUAUAAAUUCAAUUUGUCAAAUUAUUUCCAAGUUUUCAUUAUUGGAAGAGCUUUUUAUUGUAAUUCAUCGUGAAUUUGACUGUUAUUCAACAAUAUUAGAGCACCCUUUAAUGAAACUCAAUAAACUGGAAAGGCUGUCAAUAUUAAUCCUGGCUUACAAGUAUGACCACAUUUUAGAGUUACUCAAACAACUUGUUGCUCCUAAACGAUCUCUUAAACAAUUAACUGUAUUUGCACAAAUGGGAAUAAUAGAUACAUACAUGUAUACAGAGAUUUUGGAUUCAGCAAUACAAAGCUCUUUAGAUGAAUUAAGAAUCUAUGUAUCAAUUGAAGUGAUAGUUUUCUCGGAAUCAACAUUCACGUAUCAACGAACACUAGAAAUCGCUUUGUAUAAAGAAAAAAAUUUAAUAGUUAAUUAUUAUCAAUUAUAUGUUCAUCGCCUAGGAACCACCCGCAAAAUACAGUUGAGAUCAUUUACCUCAUAUGUGUAUUACAAGGUGAAAGAUGAAAUGGUUCAUCGUCUUAGAAUUACAAUAUAUUCAAAACCAGAGACACCCUUAGAUGAUUUCAUUAGUGCUUUUAUAAACUGCAUAUCAAAAAUGAAUAUAACUAGAAAAUUAAAUGCAGCUGAUUACAUUAAUCAUGAAAUAAAUCUAAGUGGUUCCAUGUAUGCUGUAGUUUCACCAGCAGAUCCAGUCCCAUAUGAUGCUGGAACGACUACCCCAACUUAUGGACAAUACAUAAGGCAUGUCAAUUUUUUAAAAUUUCUUAUUUAUACUUUGCUGGAUAACCCUCCAUUAUCAAUAGCAGUAUACUACAUGCAUGAAGAAAGUGUAAUUAAGGUACUAUUAACAAUAAUGGAGGUACUAUUAGUAAUAUUUAUGAUUGUAUGUGGCAUAUGUUUUAUGAUUUCGUUAUUAUGUUUAUUUUGUUUGCUUUUUUGUCUUCUCUGUCAUAUUUAUAUUGCCUGUAUUAAUUUAUGUACAUUUAUUUAUGUAUUUACGUAUGAUCCAUUAUGAUUCUGCAGUUAUGUAUUGUUGUUACAUUUAUUUACAUUGUUACCUCUUCUCUCACAUAUUUUUAUUAUGUAGCUAUAGCUAUGAAAUCUAAAUAGUAGUAAUGUGUUCUCUAGAUACAAAUCUAUAGUAAAUGUUUCCAAAUUUAUUAAUAUUUUGUCUUAAUAUUGCCUUCAAUGUA